UGGGUCCCCAGCUUUGGUUGCAACUGCGCGAGACCCUUCGUUUGCAAUCAUCACCACCUUGGCCAAUGCAGCCACGCAACAGCAACCACUCCUUUCUCUGCAGAAUCCUCAGAUACGAUUGACGGCAGCUCCACGGCCCAGCCCUCCCCCUCUUUGAAUCACCUACCAACAGCACCACCUUGCCCCAGCGCCCAAUCUCGCAAAAGCACAGCUCCCCUCCACAGCGCAACACGAGCCGGAACAGCCGUAGCCCUCUACGAAGCAAUAUCCUCCCCUCGCGCAGACUCCCAAGACAGCAGCAAUGUCUCGCCAGGCCAUUAGCGGCCAGCGCCACAUCCUCCGCGCCCUCGCGCAAUGGCCCAAAGACACAGUCCGACCACAGAUCCAGUUCCAAGACAUCCUGACGAAGCGGUUCGAAAAUAACUCCCCUUCAUCAACGCCAUCAUCAUCAUCACCAUCAUCACCAUCAGCAACGUCCUCGUCCUCGUCAUCAAAGGGCUCGACAUCCUUCAACGCCGCCGCCGCGGGGACACCAACGACACCGACACCAGGCACCACGACGGCGGCGCCGAGGCAGCUCUCGGAAAAGGAGCUCCUGGCGCAGGCCAACGCGCUGUACUCGCUGCUCAACGAUCGGUAUAAGCGCAAGUACCCCAUCCAGCACGGCCUCCUCCAGCCCCGCAGCAAGCCGACGCACUUCACCGACCUGGUCCGCGAGCUCGAGGAAGGCCCCAAGCGGUCCUUUGUCGAGCGGUUCCUGGUCCGGAUGAAGGGCCUCGUGCGGUAUCAGUGAAAGUUCAUAUACGUCUUGUUGCGCCACUACCCGCGAUGUUUCGUUCCUUCUCUUUGGCACUCCUCUUUGGGCUCUGGUGUCCCGCCCGUGUUCACGCAAUUCUGGUGUUAGGACAGUCUCAGCCGUGUUCCGACUUAGCUAUGCUUACGGAAGCGGAUUUGAUGAGCUUUGGAGAAUAGCGGGGGAGAGAGAUAUGGUUGUAGAGGAACUGUUGAUGGGACUGUGCGGAAUGUGUCUUUGUACGAUUUGUUGUACGAUUGAAAUAUAAUGACAGGUUAUGAAUAAUCUAGCGAG